AUGGAUGAUCUACUAGACUUCUCUAACGAUGAGAUUUUCUCUUCCUCUACAGCCACCACUCAUUCUGACCUCCAAUGCCACGCCUCCUCCUCCUCUGCGGCGGCGGCAGCUUGCUUUGAUGCACCUACUGCUAACCACUCCGACUUCCCCGAUGUCUUCUGUGUUCAUAGUGAGGACUUGGCUGAGCUAGAAUGGCUUUCGAACUAUAUGGACGAUUCAAUCACCGAUUUUCCGGCGAAUUCCAUUACCAACGCCGCAGCAGCAUUUCGUGGUAGCUCUCGGAGCAUACGCUCCCGAUCAUUUACCUCCACAAACACAGCCGCUGCCGGCAACACCACAUGGAGCUCUACAUCACCACCAAAUAACAAUGUAAACCAGAGAGAGAAUUUGAUUGACAGAAGUAAAGAGAACGCUGACAAUGCGCGUAGAUGCACGCACUGCUCAUCAGAAAAGACGCCGCAGUGGAGGACCGGGCCGAUGGGCCCGAAGACGUUGUGCAAUGCCUGUGGCGUUCGGUACAAGUCGGGCCGGCUCGUGCCCGAGUAUCGGCCAGCUGCAAGCCCGACAUUCGUCCUCACUCAACACUCUAACUCUCACCGGAAAGUCCUGGAGCUCCGACGCCAGAAGGAACUCCUCCGUCAUCAGCAGUCGCAGAGAUGUAAUGACAUCACGUUCACGUUUGAUGACGUCAUUUGA